CAGUACCUGGGGAAGGGGAAACGAGCAUUCUUUUCGGGGUUACAUUUUAUAUUCCUCUUCUUUCUGAGAUAAACAUCAGAGCGUAGACUAACACCAGCUUUCUGAUAGUGUUAUUGUAAUACUUUUUGGGUUGUUACUUUUUUUCUGCGUGAACCGUUUCUGAUCAUACGGGAAAGGACUCGUGUGCAUCGAUGAGUGAAAAGGAGCCGAGAAACUCCCCCGCGGAUUUCAGAGAGUGAGGAGGAUUACAGUGGAGCUCAUAGCAGGCACAACGGCACACACGGCAACCGGAGCUGGAGCCAUGAGCAGAGCGCUUACGGUCCAUAUCAGCAGUAGCUUCCGAGAAGAUGCUCCCCGUCCCCCGGUGCCGGGGGAGGAGGGAGAGGCGUCAUGCCAUACUCCCUGCAAACAUGCCAAAAUGAGAGCCCAAAACAAGGCUAAAGCUGUCACCGUCGCGUCUCCCGGCUCCACGCCGAGGAGGAACGAGGAUGGACUCGGGGAACCUGAGGGUAGCGCGUCGCCGGAUUCACCCCUCGCCCGGUGGACCAAGUCGUUGCAUUUUCUCCUGGGUGACCAAGACGGUGCUCACCUGUUCAGGACCUUUCUUGAGCGCGAGAAAUGUGUGGACACUUUGGACUUUUGGUUCGCCUGCAACGGGUUUAGGCAAAUGGACCUCAAUGAUACCAAAACGCUACGAGUUGCCAAAGCUAUUUUCAAGCGGUACAUUGAAAACAACAGCAUUGUUGCCAAGCAGUUGAAACCUGCCACUAAAACCUACAUAAGGGAUAGUAUUAAGAAGCAACAAAUAGACUCUGCGAUGUUUGACCAAGCACAAACGGAAAUUCAGUCAACCAUGGAGGAGAAUGCGUACCAGAUGUUUUUAACUUCUGACAUAUACCUUGAAUAUGUGCACACGGGGUGCGAGAACACGGUUUAUGCCAACCAUAGCGGUCUCGGGAGCCUCAAAUUGAUGUGCGGAUUUCUGCCACCUCUCAUUGAGGAAGAGGAGUGGAGUUGUGACUUGAAGGAGAAAACGUUAGCCUCUGUGGUUGGACUAUCUGCUAAUGCGCUACGGGCCACUGCUUCCAUUCGGACUGCGGCGGAAGUGCUGGAGAAUGGGUACAGGUCACACAGACGCGGAGACCCGGCCAGUCCCUACUUUGUCAACUCGGGCUAUGUGUUUGCCCCCGCCACCAGUGCCAACGACAGCGAGAUCUCCAGCGACGCCAUGACGGACGACUCCAUGUCCAUGACCGACAGUAGUGUAGAUGGGAUCCCUCCAUACAAGCUGGGCACCAAGAAGCAGAUCCAGCGGGAGAUGCACCGCAGCGUCAAGAUCAACGGCCUGGUCUCGCUACCCCACUUUCCUAGGACACACAGGCUGCCUAAGGAGAUGACGCCGGUGGAGCCCUCGGCAUUCGCCGCCCAGCUCAUCUCCAGACUGGAGAAACUGAAGAGGGAGCAGGACACCAUGAGCUCACUGGAGGAGAGGCUACAGCAGAUCCAGGAGGAGGAGGAGAGGGACGAGAGCGACCCCUCCACCACCGUCCCGCUCCACCACCCCCUGCUUCCCCCCUCGUCCGACGAGGACGCUCAGGCCAUCCUAGACGAGCACCUAUCCCGGGUGCUCAAGACGCCCGGGUGCCAGUCGCCCGGCGUGAUCCGCCACUCGCCCCGCUCGUGCUCUCCCGACCGGCCCUCCGCCGCCGUGGUCCCCUUCCUGGGGCCCUCGUAUCCGGGGGCCACCAAGGGCCCGUUGGCUGGGAGCAGGCAGUCGACCAAGCACAUCCACCACCACUACAUCCACCACCACACCGCCACCGGCCCCAAGAGCAAGGAGCAGAUCGAGGCCGAGGCGGCGCAGCGCAUGCAGUGCCUCUGUCCCCCAGGGGGCGCCGACUACUCCGACUUCAUCCCCGGCCGCUGCAGCAGUUUGUCCAAGCGGCCGGGGAAGCCGUGCGAAGGCAUACGCCUGAGCCAGGCCAACGGCAGCGACGGGGUCACGUCCCCGCCCCACCUGCCCCUGGACUCCACGGACCGCUCGCAGAACGUCUGGCAGUGGAUCCUGGAGAGCGAGAGGCAGGGCAAGAACAAACCUCACGGCAGCACUCAGGGCCUGAAGAAGAGCCACCUCCCGGACCCCUCCACGCCCAAGACGCUUCCCGUCCGAACGCACUCUUCCUGGGGAGGCGUGUGCGGCACGGGGGGUCACCUCCGUGGAGGUCACCAUCCGGCCCACCCCUUCAUCCAGGACCCGGCCAUGCCCCCCCUGCCCCCGCCCAACACUCUGGCCCAGUUAGAAGAAGCCUGCAGGAGGCUAGAGGAGGUCUCCAAGCCCCCCAAACAGAGGCAUUCAACGGCCAGCCUUCAAAGAGACCGGAGUCACCCUGUGCCUUUCCCCAGUGGAAACCCACCUCUGUCCAGCCCCGCACUUCAAACAGACGAGUGGAAAGAGCCAAAGAAGUCGAUCAGCGGCGUGAGCGUGUCUGGCUGUGACCCGGUGGUCACCUACUUCUUCUGUGGUGAGGAGAUCCCCUACCGCAGCAUGAUGAAGACACACAGUCUCACCCUGGGACACUUCAAGGAGCAGCUUAGCAAAAAAGGCAAUUACAGGUACUACUUCAAGAAGGCCAGCGAUGAGUUUGAGUGCGGGGCCGUGUUCGAGGAGGUAUGGGAGGACGGCGCCCUCCUGCCCAUGUACGAGGGCAAGGUCCUGGGUAAGGUGGAGAGGAUGGACUGAUGCCGCCCUUAUGCCCACCUUUACCCACCCUACCUUACCCAUCAACCAAAUACCCAACCUCCAGGGCACAGACUGUCGCGAGGAACCGGAGUGAUUGACUUGAUUGGGGGGAAACGCUCUAGACAUUCUUUUCUACUAUUAAGCUAAAUAAGAGUUAAUAUAUCCAGCACGAGGAGUGUGAUUGAAGGAACACGAGCCAAUGAAGUAUGCCGAACCCAGAAGAGGCCCCGCCCCCCUGACUUUCUAAACCAAUCAGCCUUAGAAACACAAGGGAAUGACACUACAGACAGAGAGAGAGACGGCGACUGGAGGCCUGUAGGCUCCCUGAAUUUAACCACUGAAGAUGCAGAUGACUGUUUGUCCAUUACGAGAGACUAACGUUGCGAUUUAAAUAAUGGUAACGUUGUGAGAACGUUGCUCCCUGAUCACCUGCAGUGGACUGGCUACAGCACCAGAAGCCCUGCGAGUGCCGCCACCUGCUCUUAUAACAUUGUGCUAACGUUGUGCAAACGUUGUUACAAAAUUAAACUUCUGUACGUGUGCAUAUACAUACAUGCAAAUAUGUGUAUAUAUACAUGUAUUAUAUUAUAUUGAUGCGUUUUUGUCAUGAGUUGAAAGUUUGAGUAUUUAUUUUAAAAAAAAUGUCCUCUCCCUCACCUUCAACUUGUCUACCCCC